GCGGGCUGUCCGGGGCCGGGCGGCGCGACCUUCGCCAUGGCCGGCAUGGUGCUCUUCGGCCGGCGCUGGGCCAUCGCCAGCGACGACUUGUUCUUCCCGGGGCUGUUCGAGCUGUUCCUGCGGGUGCUGUGGUGGCUUGGCAUCCUGGCCUUGUAUCUCCGGUACCGAGGGAAGCUGGACUGUGCUCGGGGGGUGCUGCUCGGCAAUUACAUGGUCGUGCUCCUGGUCCUCCUGGCGGUGAUCGUGUGCACCAUGCUGGCCAUCGUGUGCGUCAGCAUGAGAGGAACCAUUUGCAACCCUGGGCCACGGAAGUCCAUGUCGACGCUGCUGUACAUCCGCCUGGCGCUCUUCCUGCCCGAGAUCGUCUGGGCCUCCCUGGGGGCCAUGUGGGUGGCAGAGGGCACCCAGUGCGACAAGGUAGUGGUGAGCGCCAUCAUCGCGACCGUCAUCGUCAGCUGGGUCAUCAUCGGCUUCACGGUGGUCAUCAUCAUGGUUGUCUUCGACCCGCUGGGGGGGAAGGUGGCGCGGUACUCCUCUGCCGGCCCCUCCCUCGCGUUUAACCCCGAGGCCAGCCAGUUCGUCGGGGGCCUCAAGACGGCAGCGACCAGCGUGUGGGAAAAGAGGAUGAAGCUGCUGUGCUGCUGCGUGGAGCGAGACGACCAGGCCCACAUGGCCUUCUCCAGCACCGCGGAGCUCUUCUCCACCUACUUCUCCGAUACAGACCUGGUGCCCAGUGACCUCGUGGUGGGCCUCACCCUCCUCCACCAGCAGCAGGACAGUGUCAGGAGAAACCAGGCGCCGACGGAGGUGGUCAGCCAUUCCCCAGGGCCCUCCCAGAAAGAUGACCUGGACGCAGAGCUAGAGAACUGCCGCCAUUACAUGCCGAUCGCAGCCGCUGCCUACGGCUGGCCCCUCUACAUUUACAGAAACCCGUUCACGGGGCUGUGCAGGAUCGGGGGUGACUGUUGCAGAAGCAGGACAACAGAAUAUGAUGUGGUUGGAGGCGAUCAGCUCCACUGCCAUUUUGGCUCCAUCCUGCGGAUGACAGGGCUCCAGCACAGGGACUUCAUUCACAUAAGCUUCCACGACAAGGUCUACGAGCUGCCCUUCCUGGUGGUUCUGGAUCACAAGAAGGAGAGCGUGGUGGUGGCUGUGCGGGGAACCAUGUCUCUGCAGGACAUCCUCACCGACCUGUCGGCAGAGAGCGAGAACCUGGACCUGGGGUGUGAGGUGCAGGACUGCUUGGCACAUAAGGGGAUUUCUCAAGCUGCCAAGUACUUGUACCGACGCCUCGUCACCGAUGGGAUUCUGAGCCAGGCCUUCAGCGUCGCUCCCGAAUACCGGCUGGUCAUUAUAGGGCACAGCCUGGGAGCGGGCGCUGCAGCCCUGCUGGCCUUGAUGCUCAGAGGCGCCUACCCCCACGUCCGGUGCUACGCCUUCUCGCCGCCCAGGGGGCUGCUGAGCAAAUCCCUUUAUGAAUACUCUAAGGACUUCACUGUGUCACUUGUCGUGGGCAAGGAUGUGGUUCCCAGGCUAAGUGUGACCAACAUGGAGGAUUUGAAGAAGAAAAUCUUGCGGCUGAUUGCCCAUUGUAACAAGCCCAAGUACAAGAUUCUGCUGCGCGGCUGCUGGUAUGGGCUGUUCGGAGGGAGCCCCGAUGACCUUCCAACAGAGCUGGACGGGGACGACCACAGAGACCUGACACUGCCACUUCUCGGGGAGCAGAGCCUGCUGACACACAAGUCCCCAGGAUACAGACCCAACGACUCCCCCGUGGGGUCCCCCACCAAGUACCCUCCUCUCUACCCUCCUGGCAGGAUCAUCCACCUGGAAGAAGAGGGUCCUUCAGGGAGGUGUUCCUGUUACACUGCUCAGUACACUGCAAAGUGGGCACAUGAAUCAGAAUUCAGCGAAAUCCUCAUCGGCGGAAAGAUGCUCACAGACCACAUGCCGGACGUCCUGAUCAGGGCCUUGGACAGGGUGUCCAACAGGGAUGCCUGCAUUUCCUGUCCCGCCCCCGGAGGCUCUGCGUAACGGGGACGUGGUGUGGCCACAGCUACUGGAGAUCUCCAGGACUGCAGACGCGGACCGUUCUUCUUUGACUUCACAUCCAAGCGAACCCCAUGAUGCCAAUGCCAUGGUGGGCGUUUGGCAGGCACUGAACGAGUCUAAUGACUGACGGUCUGAGAUGCCACUUCACCAGAUGAUCAGCCAGCAGGCUGAACGUGCACAAAGCUUCGCAGGAGCGUCCCCGGGACCUGCGGAUCCCACCUGAGAAUGGCCCAGGACGGCGUGGGACUUGGGCAGCCAGGUCUGGUCUGUACCCCCACCCCCGCCACUUCCCACUGGCAGGGUCUUGUCCCUGUUCAGAGGAGCCCGAGCUGGGCACACAGGUGUGCAGUUUAUUUAGCAAACAGAUUCCUGGCUACACACACACAGUUCUCAGCUGGGAGGGCAGAGACUGGGGUUUACUCCUGGUGGCACUAAGGACUAAGGAUUAGCCCCGAGCUCCUGUUGGGAAUCAAGACAAAACCAGGUCAGGAAAGUGAGGGGAGACAGCUCCUGCCCCACGGCCGCAGCCCUUCCUUGUUUACUCGCUCACCUCGUUUCAUCAACCCAGUUGAUGUGAACAUCCUGCUGGCCCUCGGAGCCGGCCAGGGCAUUAAUAAAGCGCUUACACUGUCA